AUGACGGAUCAAUCAAUUUUUGGUCGUUUUCAGGCGAAUGACGUCCCGUACGUAGCUUUUCGAGACGAUAACGAAGAUCCUGAAGAAGAAUUUUCAGAAAGCUUGGUUCUGCGUCCAACACCGAGUACUUCGUCACGGACUACACCUUCAACAUUCCAAAAUUUUACUACAAACAGGCAACAACGUUAUCAGCAUUUGCCUGAGGACGAUGAAAUUGAAGAAGACUCUGAUCAGGACAGUAACGAGGCACCCGCUUCCUUGAUAGUAGAGAUGCCUCAACAGCGCAGUAAAAAAACCCACCCAAGCCCAAGACCAGGAAUGAGCAUACGAGAUUUAACAAUGUGGAAAUGGGUCAACGUUGAAAACUUAGAUUUGUUUUUUGAGCAGCAUAAUAACACCUUAUCCAAUGUUAUAAUACCUCAUUGUCUUAGUCGAUUAUCAGGAUGGUCAAUGUUAUUUGUCACAUUGUUUUCUAUUGCUUGGGUGUGGCAAGCUGUGAGACUUGUCUUGGAUAUUCGUCGUCUGACAGACAUGUUUAAUUUCUAUACCUACCUUUUGAAUAUUCCUGAUGCCGAUAUACAAACAAUACCAUGGCAAAAAGUUGUUAACCGCAUAAUCGAGCUCAGAGAAAAUAAUCCUACUACCUCCCAUCAGGGUCCCAACAACAAACCUCAACAACGUCUGGAUGCACACAAUAUAACUAAUAGAAUUAUGCGUCAGGAGAAUUAUCUUAUCGCCCUAUUUAAUAAGGAUCUGCUGGAUCUUACUAUACCAAUACCCUUUUUCCGACAAAAAAACUUUUUGACAAAGACUCUUGAGUGGAAUUUACGAUAUUGUAUCAUAAACCAUGUGUUUAAUGAUCACGGACAGGUCAGAAGGCAUUUUGUUAAAGACACCAGAGGCGUACAAAGGGAGAGAUUGACUCAAGGUCUUCGUCGUCGCUUCAUCUUCAUGGGAAUUCUCAAUAUCAUAUUCGCUCCUUUUAUAGUGGUUUAUCUGCUCAUAUAUUUCUUUUUCCGUUAUUUUGAGGAAUACCGUAACAACCCUAAGAACAUUGGUUUGCGUCAAUGGUCUCCUUUUGCACGUUGGAAAUUUCGGGAAUUUAACGAAUUACCCCAUUUAUUUGAUCAGAGAUUAGAUAAGAGCUACAAGCAGGCAAACAAAUAUAUCGAUCAAUUUCCAAGAGAAAAGACGGCCUUGCUCGCAAAUUCUCUCACUGCCGUUUUACUUCUUGCCAGUAUUAUUGAUUCCGAAGUUUUUUUGGGAUUUGAAAUUACGUCUGGUCGUACCGUUUUUUUUUAUCUCGGAAUAUUGGUUCCGAUUGUGGCUAUUAGUCGUGGAAUGAGUGUGGAAGAUCAUGUCGUAUUUGAUCCAACAGUCAGGUUAAAAAAAGUUGUAGAAAAUACACAUUAUUCUCCCGAUAAUUGGAAAGGAAAACUAGAUACUGAUGAUCAAAUUAUUGAUUUUUUUAGAGAAUUCACAGUGCAUGUAGACGGUCUUGGAUAUGUUUGUAGCUUUGCAGUAUUUGAUUUUAAGAGGCAUGGUAAUGUUAAGUAUGGUGCUCCGGCAGAAGUCGAGAACGAAUAUUACCUUUCGAAAGAUGGUAAAAUGGAAAAAAGUUUUUUGAACUUUAAGGCUAAUCAUCCCGAUUGGGAACCUACUGAUCCGGCCGGAUCGCUUUAUCUUAGUCGACUUAACUUUAGCAAUCAAGCACAUUCAGAACGUCAUAAUUCAACUCGUUCUACCCAUAUAGAUUCAAUACUAAAGAAUAAUCGACGUAGCAGUAAUAAUGUUCAUUUCGGAUAUCCGCCUAGUGCUCCUAACUAUAAUUAUGCAGGUAACACUACCACUGGAGCACCUAAUUAUAAUAAUUAUGCGAGUAGCACUGCCACUGGAGUACCUAAUUAUAAUAAUUAUGCGAGCAGCACUGCCACUGGAGCACCUAAUUAUAAUAAUUAUGCGAGCAGCACUGCCACUGGAGCUGAUGUCCAAAGUUCACCGGAAUCAAGUCAAGAAGAACAUUGUGCGAGCAAUCUGAGUGGUUCAUUCUUCUUACCUGGAACACAAUAUGGUGGUGUUACACAUUCAUCGGAAUCCAAUGAACCUGAUCGACCACGACGUGAUGGUGUAAUUGGAUUAUUAAACCAAUUCUAUGAACUUAAUAAUUCGUCUAUGUAA